UGUUUUGUUCUGUCUUUGUGUAUGUGUGUGUUGUGUGUCAGCAAAACCAGACCAAACCCAUCUCUCUCUCAUCUUCUUACUACUUUUCUCCACUUAUAAUUAAAACCCAAAAGCAUUUCUAGCGCUCUUUCCUUAUGUAGUAUCAUCUUCUGAGAAAAAAAAACCAUCACCUCAUGGAUGCCUCCAGGGACGAGCCAAAGCCAUCUGAUUCCUCAUGCAUCGUUUCCACAUCUAACACUCUUUCAUUGAGCCUAGAGCAUUACAACAUAGACGCAGAAGAAGAUGACUAUGACCAAAAAUCAGGAGAGGAAGGCAUAAAGCUCGACCUUAUGCUAGCAGAAUAUGAUUAUAGUCAGCCACAGCUCAAUCAAGAACUCAAUCUCAUCGGCAACUUAGACGCGAGUGAAGCCACUCCGAGUUAUAAAGGAUCAACUUCCACUGAGCAAAAGCUCUUCUCAUGCAACUACUGUCAAAGAACGUUCUACAGCUCACAAGCCCUUGGCGGUCACCAAAACGCCCACAAAAGAGAGAGGACUUUAGCAAAGCGAGGGAAACAGAUGGAAGCUUUCGGCCAUCCAUAUGGUUUUGCUCCUGUCCCGUUCCACGGACAGUACAGCAACAGAUCAUUGGGUAUUCAGGCGCACUCAAUGAGUCACAAGCUAAGUUCAUACAACGCCUUUGGUGCUGGCGAGUAUGGUCAGUUCAGCUGGUCAAGGACACCACUUGUUCAGCAACCAGCCAUAGGUAGACUAUCUUCAACAACAGAGAACCAUCAUCAGAUGAUGUUUCCUCCACCGUUGACUUCAACAUGUGAGAACUUCGGUAGGUUCAGUGCUGGAACAAUUCCAGUAGAUUCUGAAGAAGAGCAGCAGAAGAACCUUGACUUGUCCCUCAAACUCUGAGAUUCUUCUUGUCUCUUCAAUUGUUUUUCUUUGUGCUGGUUUUUUGUUGUCAUUGAUAUGUUCACCAGUAUUACUCAAGUGUUGGUACUUAUUAUUGUGAGUAUAUUUUGUCUAGCAUAGAUUUAUGUUGUA